AUGACCAUUGACCCAGCUCGCUUAGGCGCUGAGCAGGGUCUGUAUGCGACCAUCAGGCCGGAAAAGAUCCUUGAUCAAUGCAUCAUUGACUAUGGAAAGUGUCGCGCUAUCGUAGUAUUUUUCCGAGAGGCCAGUUCGGGCGCACUCAUUACGGACAUCUCGUACUCACUAUUGGACGUUGUAUAUCAACGUCUAUUCAACGAGGACACUGAACGUGCUCUAGGUAGUCGUCCACUUCACCUGCAUACGCCGUUCAAGACCUUCGCUGAGACCUACUAA